ACACAUCCGGCCCAGCUUCCUGCCAGGAUUAGUUCCGCAACACUCGUCGAUUGCGUUGGUCCGUGAGCACAGCGGCAGCAGUACACAGUGACAGACAGUGACACUCAUCGGUGGAUGCCCCGUACAUGGCACGCGGACCCAUACACCCACUCAGGCAAGAAACAACUACCCCGGGGCGCUUGCUUUCCUUGUGCGCUGAAUCCAACGCUAAAAGCCACCCCAGCCAAAAGCCUGACCUCUGAAAGACAAUGAAUUCAGGCACUGCGCGGCCUUCAGCGGCGCUCGCAGCCCGCAGCAGUUGCAGCGCUCUGCUGCCUCUGCGUUCACUGCGCCCCGUGUGCAACACCCCCACCCGUGCAGGCAGCGAGCAGCCCUCCAAAACUCCUACCUUUCAGCAGCCAUCGGCUUCUGACAAUGAGCCGAUGGCGAGCGAGCUGCAGCAGCGCGCGCGCGCGGCGGUUGGCAGCAACCACCUGGAAGACGCUGUGGCCCACGCGCUGGCGCAUGCAGCUCAUGUGCGGCCGCACGCAUCCAGUUCGCCGCGCUGUACGGCUGACCUGCCGUACACGCAGGCGGAGCUGGAGGGGCUGACGGGGCUGCGGUUCCGGGCGGAGGUGCGCCCGCCGGUCCCGGGGAUGGGAUCCAGCAGGAGCGCGGCUGGCUCGUCCUGCUGGAGGGAGAGCAGGGAAGCCAGCAGCGGCUAGAUGGGUGUGGAUGGGUGGAUGGGCGGGUAGGAAAGGUGGUGGAUGGGUGGUGGCGGGACAGCCUCACAGGCGUGUGUGUGUGUGUGCGACUGUGUGUGUGCGUGUGUAUAUGUAUGUUAACGCCGCAAGCUCAGGCGUUCAGCUGCUGGUGCUGUGAACAGAGGCACGCACUGCGCUGGCGCGCGGCCGUACGUGCUUGUGGCGUCGUGGUCGCUGUGGCUGCGCACUGCCGUGUGGCUGAAUUGGAGGUAGCGGCGCUGUGCACACGGAGUGGCAUGGAUGGACUUGGUGUGUAGUACUUGCUGUAGAACAGUAGUUGCUUGGAUGCUCCAGAAGGCCACCCCGAGUCAGUUGUGUUGUGCUGUUAAUUACGUUCAUGUUGAUCCAACCGGGUACUGCUGGCUAGCGUAGUGAGGUGAGAUCCUACGUGAC